AUGCCACAAGCCCCUCAUGCCAAACUCAAAAAUAACCAAAAUACUUCCUACGGCUCUACUACCUUUUCGAGCAGUCAGGCCCGUAGUAGCUGCCGGAAGAAAAAAAAGCCCCUACAGGACCAAUGCUAUAAGGCAAAGAAUUUGGCAAAGGAGAGGAUUCAAGGAAGCAUUGAAGAACAAUAUUCAAAGCUGUGGGAUUAUUGUAAGGAGCAUAAGAGGCAAAACCCAGGAAGCAUAGUUUUAGUGAAGACAUCAUUGAGGGGAGAUGAUCCAAUUUUUGAGAGGUUUUAUAUAUGUUUUGAUCAACUAAGGAAAGGGUUUAUUGAGGGAUGCAGAACCAUGGUUGGUUUUGAUGGGGCUUUCAUCAAAGGACAGCAUCCAGGACAACUUUUAAGUAUUGUUGGGAUUGAUGCCAACAAUGGCAUGUUCCCAAUAGCUUUUGCUGUUGUGGAGACAGAAAGUAAAGACACUUGGACAUGGUUUUUAGAGAUUUUCUUCAAUGAUGUUGGGGUAAGAGGUGUUGAGGCCCAAAAUAUUCACGGUUGGGCCUAA